AUGGCGCAACCCGAAAACAUUUGGAUGACAUUGGCAUAUCUUAUUAUGGCAUCCGCCAAUCCUGGAACAGUUCUUUACAUGGUUGCGCGUACUGUCAUUAUCGUAUCCUUGCUAUCCGGCACCCUGCCGCCCCUCACGCCCAAGCUUCAGAAGAGAGCCGCUAAGCUCAAGGAAAAACAUCUCAAGUUAUACAACAAAGUCUCCUUGACAGACCCUCGUUCAUGGAAGCGCUACAUGUCGAAGGCCAGGCCUAUCUGGGUCAAAGCACGCCAACUCCAGCGAAAGAUCGACAAGUUGAAGAAAAAACUCCAGCUGGCAAAAGUCAGGGCACUCAGGAGCGCACUUGAAGCGGCCUUGAGGGAACCACAGUCAGGAGGGAGGACGCAACCAGGAAUGAACACCGUUAUUUGA